GACUUGACAACUCUUUCUCAUGUUCUUCAUCUCAUCUCAUCUCCGAUUGUCAAUGCGCAAAAGAAAGCGCGACUGCUCCCUCCACAUAAAAUGGUGUCCUCAUUGGCUCUGAGUCUCUCUAGUGCUUUUUAUCGCUUAAGAGUUGGGAUUCUAGCAUCAAUAUCAGGAAAAAAAAAAGGUUAGAAAUUUCUUCCCGGUGGUUGUGUUUCAUUUUAUUUCAAGGAGCUGUGUUUGGGACUGAUCAGUGUUAACUAAGUCUGAGUUCUGGUGAGAAUAAGCCUGUUUGAAGCAGAUUGGUGAUUUGGAGAUCAUAACUGCUUUUUGCGUUGAAGCAGGGCAGGCGUUGGCUUUGAAGAUGUAUUUGGCUGAUUCUUUGAAGUGGCUGUAAUACUUUGCUUAUGAUGUGGACAAUGGAACACCAAAUUGAUGUUUUGGUACGUUCUUCCCAUCUUGAACAAGUGCUCAAGGAUUUUGUCUUGAAAGAAAGUUUGAGAAGACCCUCUUGAAUACAAAGAUGAUUGUACCUUGGAAUUUGCAGAUCUCAUCUGGUAGCCAAGGUAUUUUUUCUGGAUCAACUGUGUGACAUUUCACCAUAUCUCCCACGAAGCUCUCCUGAACAGCGUGUUCCUUGUGUUAUUCUCCUAUCAGUAUAUGGCCAAUACUAUUCAAAUUCUCCUUCAAUGCCUCUUAACACCUCUCAACACCUUUUAAUCGCUUCACCACGCCUGCUGUACCAUUGGCACAUAGGUCUCCUAUAACAAGGCAGCUCUAGGUACUCAACUCCACAGUACAGUACUAAUAAUAAUUCAGGGUACAUUAAAGGGUCAUCAUCGUGAAGCCAGGAGCACCUUUAUGAUGGCAAGACUGUAAGCGUUCAAAGCAUAGAACUGAAACAUCGGACUGUUCACUGGUCUGGGCCUCUAGGUUAAAGUUAAGCACACUGAAGGCUCAGCCUCAGGCGGUACUGGUCCUAGUCCGCUACUAAGGUUUGCAUUAUCAAUUUCUGGACCAAUAUCUACUGUAGAAGGCAGGUCAUUACCCUGUUCCAAUAAGUUAAUAGUAGUAAAUUAUCUGCUUAUUGUCAAUAAGUAGGAAUCAUUGGCUCAUGAAUUGACAGAGUUGAGUGCACACACUGAAGGCUCAACCUCAUACUGUUCCCUGCUUGCUACCAAGAUUUGUCCAAGCGAGUAUCCUACAAGUAGAAGGCAGGUCAGUACUCUGUACCAAUAAGUGAGAGUAGCAAGUUACUUGCUUGUAGUCAAUAAUUAGGAAUCAUUAGCCCAUAUAUUGACAGAGUUAAGUGCACACAAUUUUGGCAAUAUGUAUAUCCGUAUGCACUUCACAGCUUCAUUCUAGAACUGUUCUUGAUCAUGUAAUUUAAUCCGUUAGGUAACAUGCCAUGUACCUAAGCUGUAUCGUAGAGUUUAUGUUUUUCAAAUAUAUGAAUUUGUUUUUG